AAUCGCGAAUGACUCAAUCAAUGAUCCCACUGGCCUCUGGGAAGUUCGACUAAGAUUAUCACUCACUGGCACUAUGAUGCCUCAUGACUUGGGACAGUAUACCUUUUCGCCCUGGUCUUGAACGUAUCUAUGAUCUGACAUGUACAUUGGAGGCAUCUGUCAAUCUUUCGAAGCUGAUUGUUUUAUGCGCAUAUUCCCGAGGUUAUGACCAUCACAUUCAGUGUGCCAUGCCUUCUACAGUGCAAAACGCACCCGAGUCAUCGUCUGUGAACGCUGAAAGAGUUUACAACACCACCGCGCAGAUCGUUGAUGACACUAACAGCGGCAUCGCUUACACUACCGGCUGGAGCCAGACAUUCACCGGAUUGUCGGACUUCAACAGUAGCUACCAUGUUGUGCAGAAAGUUGGAGAAGAGGCAACCUUUGUGUUCAAUGGCACCGGAAUUGAGGUUUACGGUUUUCCAGAAUCUCUUAUGAAUGGAAUAGCUAUCGAGCUCCCUCCCGACAUACUGUACAACAUCGAUGGAGGUGCUUCAGCCAUUUAUCAUCUCAACUCUUCUGCGCAAAUCAAAGGCUCUCCCUUCUCAGUUCUCACCUAUGUCUCGCCUCCUCUAACCCAAGGAGAACAUACACUGACUAUCAGUUGUCUAAAUACAACGAAAUCCUAUUUUGGUCUCAACUAUCUUGUGUAUACCCCUGGAAACAUGACAUCGAGCGGAGGCACACAAGUAAUAACCGUCAGCGCAUUAGUAGCCCCAACCGCCAUCUCUUCCAAUGGCAAUGGUGUAUCGAAGAGUGCAAUAGCUGGAGGGACAAUUGGUGGUGUCGCCUUGGUUGCCUUGUUAGUCCUCGCGACGGUGUUCUGCUACAAACGAUACCGUGAACCCAAGCAGUUUGAAUUUGUGCAGCCAUACGAGCGCAAUUAUACUCGUCACCGCUCCAUGCCAUCUUUACCCGCCGUCUAUCCAUUCAGCGCUGCUACAGUGAUAGAGACGCCGAGGGCCAAAGGCGCCCCCCCGCCCGUGUCUCCUGCCGCAUUGGCAAGAUUAACCUCUGCACUAUCUCCCGAGCGGCGCCGUGACAUUGCGGACAAUCAAUCCAUUGUUUCCGAUGCUGCCCCUCCGUCAUAUAGGAGUGCUGUUUAACUGCGGCCUGGUUCUUUUCAGCUGACUUUCACUUCUGAGAUAUCUUUCUAAUUUGUAGGUCAGGCGCCUCGUAGCGGAGCACUGUUCUUCGAGUAAGAUUAGUAGAGGCUAUUCGUGAUGGAGCUUGAGCUGGCCUUCGGCCAGGGACCGCUUCGCGGUCAACAUUCGCAAAGCGAAUGUCACUGCGUAGUUGCACUUUGGGGCAAAAUUGAAGCAAGGCUAGGCUAAAAUGUCGGCAAAAUAUCUAAGUACUCUUUAACUAGAGAGUCGGGAACAGUUAUAACCCCUUAUGAUCUAUUUUAUAUUUUUCCGACAUUACAAUCAUUUCAGAAUAGGGAACAGUAAAUACUGGAAAUAUAUUUGAAGCAGGUCU